AAGUAUCAGGUUGAUACUUUUCGACCCACCUCUAGGUGCCACGUCGGCUCUCAUUUGUUUUCACUGAAAUGAAAUGUGACGCGUUGUAUGACGUGUGUGGUGUAUAUGUAUCCUCGAUAGCUAUACAUCGCAUGCUUUUAGGUUAGUUCUCCUGAUUUUGCCACGCGUUUUGUUUUGCAAGAAAGUGUUCCAGAUUUGUGUUGCAGGAUAAACGCUGAUACUACGAUUCCUUUAGUGGUAUAGCAGCGCAUUAAUUAGACGAAUUACGAUGGCUUGUUUUCUUAGUUAUGGAUUUUUAACGUGUGUUUUGGGGUUUUUAUCUGCUGUCUCGGCUGAUACUUGCGUUCAGCCGGAGGUGGUUGCCUCGGCGUACACUACACAAGAUGCGACAAUCCUGACUAGUAUUGCUUUCGUUGCAGAAUUCUCUUUAACAUGCAGGAAUAAUGUUAAAGGCGUAAUUUUGUAUGCUGAAAUCAACGGCAAGACAGUUCCAGCUGCUAGAAUAGGUGAUUCCAAAUACCAGGUGAGCUGGACGGAAGAGGUGAAGAAAGCGCGCAGUGGCGACUACAGUGUGAACUUGUACGACGAGGAGGGCUAUGCAGCCUUGAGGAAGGCAGCGCGCAACGGAGAAGACCCCUCUGCAGUGAAGCCACUUGUAACUGUCAUGGUGAACUACCCUGGAGCAUACCAAGGCCCGUGGGUCAACUCUGAGUUCAUGGCCGCAAUCCUUUCACUACUCGUUUGGUACCUUGCGUUUUCUGCUAAAUCCAAGCUGUUAGCUUAGUGUGUGUGUACAUGCAAUGUUUUUAUAUUUUCAUUUAUGAGAGUUGAAAUAAAUAUACAGAAAACAUG